AUGAAGCGACCACGGAUCCUCCUCCUCGUGCCCGCGGCCGACGACUCCAACUGGUACCCCUGGCUCGCGGCCAAGCUUGACGCCGCCAAGUGCAAAGUAGUCCUGCGCUGCGCCAUGACGCCGCUCGCCGCACUGCGCGACGAGUGCGACCGCGACACGAUCGUUCUGGGGCAUCGAAGCGGCGCGGGACUAGCGUUACGAUUGACCGAGCAGGCUCAAGUGCUGGGUCUUAUUCUUGUCGCGCCGUACUUGGCCGGACCGCCGCGAUGCACCGUCGGCAGCGUUCAUUCGCAUUUGCACGACGACUCUGACGCUUUCCAGUACACCAAGGUGCGACGCAACUGCGGCUGGAUCCUGCAUCUGGGGUCGCCCGACGACUUGUACACGCCGACGCCCGCUCAGAUUGCACUCGCGCAGACCCUGCACUCGGACUUUUACUUUUUGCCAGGCCGUGCGCAGUACACGACAAUCGAGGCGCAUGACCUCUGGGCCGUCCUCGCCGCCAAGCUGCCCCCGCUCUAA